AUGUCGAGCUCUGCGACUGAUCUCAUGUACACUCUUCGAGAGGUCCCAGGGAAGGGCAAAGGACUCAUCGCCACACGAAUGAUCCCUAUGGGUACGCGCAUCCUCUCUGAAAAGCCCAUUAUCAUAUUGCCCGAAGCUGCUCUUGAUAUUAAGGCCCUGGAAACAUCUCUGCACGAACAAGUCGAUGCGCUCACUCCGGGUCAACGACAAGCUUUCCUUUCCAUGCAUAAUAUUUAUGCGGAUGAUGUUGCCUCGCCGUACCUAGGAAUCAUGCAAACGAACGCCCUUCCAAUUGGAGACCUUAAAAGCUGGAAUGGGAACAUUAAUCGACACACUGUCCAUGCAAGACGUGACAUCGAGAACGGCGAGGAAAUCACCAUUUUCUACCUUGGCGUUCUCAACAACCGCAAAACCCGCCAAGAGACUCUUCGAAGAAAAUUCGCGUUUACUUGCUCAUGUCGUCUUUGCUUCUUGCCAGCAGAUCAAAGCCAAGAAAUCGAUAAAAGGCUGGAUGAUAUCCUUAAGCUGGAAGGUUUCAUUCGCAGAGGUGGCAUGAUGGCGAUCUUGUCGACCUCACUACGAAUACUUCGAUACGUUGAUCAACAAAUCCGUCUUUAUAAUGAACUUGGCCCAAAUGACAACGGCUUGCCAAGAGCUUUCUUCGACGCUGCACAAAUCGCUAUCGCUAACGGCGACUUAGCCAGGGCUCGGAUAAUUUUUGAGCGCGCAGUGCGUGGAUGGACUGUCCUCGAAGGUGACGAUAGCACCAACGUGCUUCGAUACAAAGCGCUUUCCCAGAAUCCUUUGAAGCAUGAGUUAUACGGCAUGUCGAUGAAAUGGAAAACAGCCGUGGAUGACGUUCCUCAGGGACUUGACUCGAAAGAGUUCGAAGCGUGGCUGUGGAGAAGGGAGAACCCAAAACAACCCGGGAAUUCGACUUGA